GGUAGAAUUCAGCCCGGCAGCAUGAGCCAGUCCCCGCGGGGUUUCCUCCAGGUUCCACACGGAAGCGGCUCGUUAGCUUGAAGCUGCAGCUGAGCCGAGCUGCUGCUGCUGCUGCGGACCGAGCGGAAAGUAAAGCCAGAAAACGGGACAGCUGUCCGGGUACACAGAGCCAGAGAGGGCCCGUGUCACCGUCCGGUUCUGACCGCGGCUCUGCAACCAAGCCUGGGGGACUCGCGGGUGAAAGGUGUCGGUGUGUUAGCUCCGUCGACCAAAGGCAUGUUUGGUGCUAGAAAGAAAUUUGCAGAGUUCGUCGAGGUGGUCGACAACGACUUCUCUGAUGAAAGCAUGUACUACAAUCAGCCGUCGAUGUUCCCACAUCGAUCGGACAAAGACAUGCUCUCCUCCCCCUCGCCAUCGUCGGGGCAGCUAUCGCAGCUCGGUGCGAGUCUGUAUGGUCCACAAAGUGAGUUUGUUUCAAAUACAGACAAUCACCACAGUUUUCCCAUGUCACAAACCUGGAGCGGUGCACUGGGCUUCUCAGUCAGGGGCAUGGGGAACAGCACACCUCAGUUAAACCGAAAUCUCACACAAGGCACGCAGCUACCGAGUCAUAUCACUCCCACAACAGGAGUCUCCACCAUGUCCCUCCACACCCCGACGUCACCAAGCAGGGGGACGUUGCCAAUGAACACGAGGAACAUGCUGAACCACUCUCAGGUCAGUCAAAGCAUCGGGAUGAGCGGCAGGACCAAUAGCAUGGGCAGCUCGGGGCUGGGCAGCCCCAACCGCAGCUCACCCAGCAUCAUCUGUAUGCCCAAACAGCAGCCAGCACGCCAGCCCUUCACCAUAAACAGCAUGUCAGGAUUCGGAAUGAACCGCAACCAGGGUUUUGGGUUGAACAACUCGUUAUCAAGCAACAUCUUCAAUGGCACAGAUGGGAGUGAAAAUCUAACGGGACUGGAUCUGUCGGACUUCCCUGCGUUAGCAGACCGGAGUCGAAGAGAAGGAACUGGAAACCCAACACCGGUGCUCAACCCUCUGGCUGGAAGGGCUCCCUAUGUUGGCAUGGUGACAAAGCCAUCGACAGAAUCGACACAGGAUUUCUCCAUCCACAACGAGGACUUCCCUGCACUGCCUGGCCCGAACUACAAGGACCCCACGUUGAACAGUGAAGACAGCAAACCUAACUUGAACUCCACAAGCAAGAGCACGACGAAUGCAGAUGGGCCCAAGUUCCCCGGAGACAAGACGACCUCAGCACUGAACAACAACCAGAAGAAAGGGAUCCAGGUGUUGCCCGAUGGUCGGGUGACGAACAUUCCCUCAGGGAUGGUGACAGACCAAUUCGGCAUGAUCGGCCUGUUGACGUUUAUCCGGGCGGCGGAGACGGAUCCUGGGAUGGUCCAUCUGGCGCUGGGGAGCGACCUCACGACACUGGGACUCAACUUAAACUCACCAGAAAACUUAUACCCCAAGUUCGCCUCUCCGUGGGCCUCAGCACCUUGUCGACCUCAAGACAUCGACUUCCAUGUUCCCUCUGAGUAUCUAACCAAUAUCCACAUAAGGGACAAGUUGGCUGCGAUCAAACUGGCUCGAUAUGGCGAAGACCUGUUGUUCUACCUGUACUACAUGAACGGAGGAGACCUGCUACAGCUUUUGGCAGCAGUAGAGCUCUUUAACCGGGACUGGAGGUACCACAAAGAAGAGCGGGUUUGGAUAACGAGGGCGCCGGGCAUGGAGCCUACACUGAAGACCAACAACUAUGAGAGAGGCACCUACUACUUCUUUGAUUGUCAUAACUGGAGAAAAGUAGCCAAGGAGUUUCAUCUGGAGUACGAGAAGCUGGAAGAGAGGCCUCACGUGCCGACAACGUUCAACUACAACCCAGCCCAGCAGGCCUUCUAAGGCCCGACCAGUCCAAAGGCUGCAGCUGCUCCCGCACUCAACGAUGCAGCGGGGGGGCGCUGUGGUUCUCACAGCUUGGUUUUUAUUCCUCGAGGAUUUGGCUCAAUGACUGCGGGGGUCAUCGCCACCAUCAAAACUGCCCUGCCUUUCCAAAAUUUACAUGCUGCCCAAAAACACCAACACUUGUUCUGUUUUUAUUCUUUAUGUUCAUCCUGUUGUUUUUUUUGUCUUGUUUCGAGCAGGGUCUGUGUUAUGUUUACGUCUCUGAAUCUGAAGCCUGUUUUUCUCCCGGAGAGGAGGACUGACCUUGUGGCGCAGGACAGUGACAGAACAAGGGUUAACGCCUCAUAUUUACAGCAAGUGUUAAGAACAGAGAAAAGAGCGGGGAAAGCAAAGUUAACUUCGUCAGACUCAAGUGAAAGGGUGAAAGAAAUGCAAUGUUUAUUGUUGCACUAUAUUUAGUAAUAAAAGAACACAAAAUUU